AUCAUCAAAUCUUCCAUCUUUCGGUUUCAAUUUACAACACCCAAAACCCCAAUUCAAGUUCCAAAAAUGGCAGCCUUUACAUAUCAGCAACACCACUCUUUUCUUCUUGAUCAGGCAGUUUUCUUUCCAAGCUCUACCACCAGCACCACGGCAGCUGCCACCACCACCACCUGUUUCCCUCAGUUCCACCAACCUAAUGAUCAUGCUUUCCAGGGUCAUCAUCAUGAGUUAAUUACUACGAAAGUAACUGUUCAUAGCAAUAACAACAUUGAUCAAGCUUCUGUAGCAAACAAGUUACAGAGCCCAGAUUCUUCAAUGUCGAUGGUUCUUGAUGAUCAAAAAGUUGAGAGUGGUAAUGAGCUCUUGGCCAAGAAGAGGAAGGACAAACACAUGUCUUCUUUAAAUCAUGCUCAAUCUAAAGAUACAAGCAACAGAAUGAAGAAGCAAAAGAAAAUGAACGAUUAUCAAGAAGAAAAGAAGAAGAAGACUAUAAAGAAAGGUUCUUCUUCUGAAGAAGAAGGGGCAAUUGGGUACAUUCAUGUUAGAGCAAGAAGAGGCCAAGCUACUGAUAGCCAUAGCCUUGCUGAAAGGGUGAGGAGAGAGAAGAUAAGUGAGAGGAUGAAGCUGUUGCAAGCCAUUGUUCCAGGUUGUGACAAGGUAACUGGAAAGGCCCUCAUGCUGGAUGAAAUUAUUAAUUAUGUCCAGUCCCUACAAAAUCAAGUUGAGUUUCUAUCCAUGAAGCUUGCUUCUGUAAAUCCCAUGUUAUAUGAUUUUGGAGUGGAUUUGGAUGCUUUCAUGCUUAAACCAGAUGAGAAUAUGAGCAGCAUGGUACUGCCAAUCAUGCCAAGUGUUCAGCAAUGUAGUCCUCACGGCGGAGCCGCCACCUUUGCUCCGGCCAACGACAACUACCACCACCAGCUGAUUGAUGGUUCAUCUUCAUCAGCUAACUCGCUGCUAUUUCAACAACUCCAGAUGCCAAAUAUUCUAUCCCAGGAUAAUGGACAGCAGUUGUGGGAUGUGGAUGACCAAAGACUAAAACUUGACAAUCGUUUCCUUCUCACCAAUAACUUGACUUCCUUUCAUUAAUCAUGGGUAUGAAGUUGUAACACAUGCAAGGAGAUUCUUCCCAUCUUCGUCGGCUAAGCAAAUUAAUCAAAUUUCAUGUGAAUAUGAAAAAAACGUCACAUUUGAUGAUCGUUAUCAAGAAUCACUCCACGAGGGUGAUGGAUUGAUCUACCUGCUCUCAACUCUUACAUCAUAUGAAGGAUUUAUCAAGAACCGAAGAACCUGAUGAAUUAUGAGCACAUAUUAUUUACAGUAAAAAAAGAUGUAAUUUUUAUCUUAAAAUGUUUUGUAAAAGAUGGUAGUUAUUUAAACCCAUGUUUAUUUUCACUUUCUGUUUGUAUUACCAAUUGAAUUUAAUGCUACAGUUGUUUACUGUUGGUGUCA